AUGUCAUUGGAACCUAAAACUACUGCGAAAGUAUUGAUAAAUACUAGUAAAGGUCCAAUUGAAGUAGAAUUAUGGGCAAAAGAACUACCGAACACCACCAAACAAUUUUUGAAUAAAUGUUUAAACCAUCAAUACUCCAAUCUUCAAUUUUUAUCAACAGAUGAGUAUCUUGAAAUUAUUAACGAUAAAGAAUAUAAUCUCAGUAAUGAGUCUAAUCCAAGACUUAGCUGUAAAAGAGGAUAUUUAGGUGCUAUAAAACAAGGUAAUAAAUUAAGUAUAGACGCUUUUUUCAUUAGUUUGACAGAAUUGCCAAAUUUUCAAAAUUACAAUAUCUUUGGUAAAAUAGUUGAUGGUUGGUAUAAUAUUGUUAAAAUAUCGCAAGUUGAAAAGGAUAAUGAAGGUAAUUUAGUAUAUCCUGUUACAAUUUUGGGUACUGAGGUUAUUGUUCCAUACUUUGAUGACUUGGAAAAAGUUGAAACUGAAACACAAGUUAAAAAGGUUAAAAAACAAGUAUCGUUAAGUUAUGAUGAAGAUGAGAGGGAGAAGGAGGAGGAGGAGGAGGAGGAGAAUUUUCAAAUAAAGAGUGGUCAUGAUAUAAGGCAACCAGUGGAAAAAGUUGAAUCAAAAAUUGAAGAAAAUCCCAAAUCUAAUUCCGAAUCUUCUGAAUUUGAAUCUGAAUCUGAAUUUAAAUCUAAAUCUGAAUCUGAACCUGAAAAUGAAACUAAAUACAAUACUGAACCUGACGCAUCAAUAGACUCAGAUUAUGAUUCCAAUCUUGAUUUAAACAAAGCUGAAUCAAUCACCUUCGAGCAAUUACAAAAACAUUCCUUUAAAUAA